UAUCACGAAGAUAAACCUAGAUGGUGUGAAACGUUUAAAAUUGCUAUACCCAUAGAGGAAUUUAAGCAAGCUCACUUAAAAUUUGUGUUCAAGCAUCGUAGUUCUAAUGAAGCAAAAGAUUUAACAGAAAAACCGUUUGCUUUAAGUUAUAUUAGAUUAAUGCAACGCAAUGGAACAACUUUACUAGACAUAAAACAUGAGAUGUUGGUUUACGAAUUAGAUCAGGAGAAAUAUGAUGAGAGUGACACAUCGUAUUUAAAACUGCCAUCGACACAUGGAGAAUUGGUUGAGUUAAACAUGGAAAAGAACCCAAGUUUAGGAUCAUUAACGUUAAGCAAUAAAGAUAAUUUUUUUAUAGCAACCAAUGUUUGCUCAACUAAAUUAAUGCAAAAUGUAGAUUUGUUAGGUUUACUUAAUUGGGCACCACACAAUACUGAUUUGAAGGAGUCAUUAGCAGCUUUAAUGAAAAUGGAUGGAGAGGAAAUAGUAAAGUUUCUGCAGGAUGUUUUGGACGCUUUAUUUAAUAUCUUAAUAAAUAAUUCUGAUAGUGAUGUGUACGACGAUAUGGUCUUUGAAUGCCUUUUAUAUAUUAUCGACCUUGUAUCCGAUAGAAAGUAUCAGCAUUUUCAACCAGUAUUAGAUUUAUAUAUUGCUGAAAGUUUCUCUGCAACUUCUGCAUAUGAAAAGUUAAUUGCGGUACUACGUAAUCGUACAGCCAUCAUCAGCAACAACAACGAGCAAGAACAUAAUUUACUGUUUGAGAUAAUGAGAAGUCUACAAAAUUGUAUGAGAUCCAUCGUUAAAUUUCAGCUUCUAUGUACUGAAUUAAAUCAGGACCAAGAAGAAUUCUCACAAACAUUGACUGAACUAUUACGAUCUAUCGUUAAUCUAAUGUAUUAUGAAACAGAUGAAACGCUGUUGGUUCAAAGAGCUUGUUUAAAAUAUUUACCGACUACAAUACCUCAUUUGUUAAGAGUGUGUAGUGGAAAGCAACUAAGUACAAUUUUCACAAAUCAUUUACUAAUGAUUUUACCAGCAGGCAAAUUAACCAAGCAAAAGAUGAUGACGGUAAAUGAUAUCGUUCACAGUCCACUUUUUUUGGAUAUAGAAUGUAGAAAUAUUCUAUUGCCGAGAAUUACCAUACUCGUAAGAGACUUACUGGAAGUUAAAGAAGAGGUGGAAUUAUGCGUCAAGAUAUUAUCUGACAUCUUGGAAUUGACCUUCAGAAAAAACAUAGGUAGCACAAUUUUGGAUGUCGAGGAGAUAAUGUUAACAUUGUUACGUACUAUUAUACAGACAUUUAUAUCGAUUGAUAAAGAAAAUCCCUUGGUGGGAAACUUAGUCUCGGUUAUGCUGGCCAUAUUUAGGCAAAUGACGCAACACCAUUAUGAAGUAUACAUUAAUCACUUUGAAACAAGAAUCGACUUACUAGAUUUUCUAUUGGAGAUAUUGUUGGUCUUCAAAAAUUUAAUUUCCAGAAGUGUAUUUCCAGGCGACUGGUGUGAAAUGAUUAUGCUCCAAAAUAGUAUUAUCUUGAAAUCCUUACGAUAUUUCUCAGGCACAAUUAGAGAUUAUUUUUUUACUGAAUUUGAACAUCAAGUCUGGUUAAACUUUUUCCAUUGCGCUAUUGCAUUUCUAACUCAACCUGCCUUGCAGUUAGAAGUAUUCACAUCAGCGAAACAAAACCGCAUUAUUGCACGUUAUAACGAUAUGCGCAGAGAAACUGCGUUCGAAAUCCAAUCGAUGUGGUUCAGCUUGGAGCAACACAAAAUACUCUUUAUACCUGAUUUAGUUGGUGCAAUUCUCGAAAUGGCAUUAAUAUCGGAAACUAAAUUGAGGAAAACUACUAUUCCCAUCUUUUUCGACAUGAUGCAAUGCGAAUACUAUAGCUCACGCAUAGUAGAAGGAUAUGGGGAUACCAAACAUGAUCCCGCUAAUAUUAAAGCCAAUUUCAUGGAAUACGAAAAAGAAAUGAUUGCAAAAUUAGAUAUUCUGGUAGAAGAAGGCAGAGGUGAUGAGCAAUUUCGUACAAUUUGGUCUGACGUUAUGGGUUCCUUGUGCGAAGAACAUUCCACAAUGCAAGAACAAGGUUUACGCUUUGUGGACACUAUUGCUAAACUCAUGGAACGCUUGUUGCACUAUCACGAUAUUAUUCACGCUGAAUCGCAAGAACAUCGUAUAUUUUGUACUACGAAUUUGUUAGAAUUCUAUUCUGAGAUUAACAGAAAAGAGAUGUAUACUAGAUAUGUAAACAAGCUGUGUGAACUACAUCUAGAAUGCGAUAAUUAUGCAGAAGCAGCUUAUUCUUUGGAGCUUCACAGCCAAUUAUUAGAAUGGAGUGAUGAACCUUUGCCUCCUUUCUUAAUAUCGCAUAGAUAUCCGUUAUGCCAAACCCACCGUGAACUAAAGAUAGCGUUGUAUAAAAGCAUGAUGGAAUAUUUUGAUAAAGGGAGAAUGUGGGAAUGUGCUCUUGCCGUUUGUAACGAAUUAAUAUCACUAUACCAGACAGUAACAUUGGAUUACUCGCAAGUGUCUAUAUUAUAUAUACGCGCAGCCGAAUUUUUUGAUGCCAUAGUGAAACAGUUAAGACCUGAACCAGAAUAUUUCAGAGUUGCGUACUACGGCAAGGGACACCCUGCAUUUCUUCAAAAUAAGGUAUUUGUUUACCGGGGAAAGGAGAACGAACGACUAAGUGAUUUUUGUUCAAGAAUACUGAAUCAGUUACCUAAUGCAGAGCAAAUGAGCAAAUUCAUCUCUCUGCCUACCACAAAAAUGUUGGAAUCUAAUCAUCAGUAUGUACAAAUCAACAAAGUAGAGUCAUUAAUGAAUGAAAAGAGACAUGAGCUUAGUGGCAAACCAGUUACUGCGGAAGCUAUUUUAAGGUAUCAUCGUCAUGUAAAUGACGUGCAACGCUUCAAAUUUUCAAGACCUGUAUCAAGGAAAGAAAUCCUUUCAACAUUGUCAGCUGGUAGCGACAAAGAAAAGGAAGCAAAUGUUGGUACUAGCAGUAGUAACGAGAUUGCUUCGUUAUGGUUAGAGAGGACAGUACUUGUAACAAGUCAUCCAUUCCCGGGAAUUCUUCGGCGGUUUCCUAUAACAUCUAGCGAGACAUACUUAGUCAGCCCCCUGAGAGAUGCAAUUGAAACUAUAGAAGCUAUAAAUACUGAAUUGAGAGACCUCAUUAUUGCUCACAAAAACAAUCCCAUUUUCUCACUAAACUCUCUAAGUAUAAAAUUGAAUGGCAUAUUGGAUCCUGCUCUCGAUAACUAUGAGAAAGCUUUCCUCAAUACGGAGUAUAAGAAGAGCCAUCCGGAAGAGAGUUCUGAUCUCAUUAAGUUAGAAGGCCUCAUUGCGGAACAAAUUCCUUUACUCAGCGUGGGUCUUCAAUUGUUUAAUGCGGGAGUCUCGUUUGACGGGUCGAAAAAUGCCUGAUGUUUAGAAAUUUUCUAUGCGAAGACUAAUAAAGAUAUGUAAAUAAA